AUGAAGCCUCAAAGUAUUACUAUUCUACUGACGCUAUUUAUCAGGUAUAUACUGGCUUCACGUGAAAAUCAGGUAAUCUUAGCUCCAAAUCAAGAUACAAUGUCACAAGGUCAAGGUAACUCGGAUCCUUCACUCAGCAAUCUACAUUUUACCCAUGAUUUGGUAUGUAACGAUGUGGAAUGCUACCCACUUGUCUUUGAACCUACUAAUGAGUGGCAAAUAAUAAGACCAGGACAACAGAUUCCUGGCGGGCUCGAUGUAAAACUAAAUCUAGAAACUGGUUUAAAAGAAGCUAAACUCCUAGAGACUGAGGAAAUCAGUACCGAUUAUGAGUUUACUGCACAAUUCAAUGAAAUCAAAGGGCUAUUAUCAAAUGGUGAUGAGCAAUCUUAUGAUGAAAUUGAAAGCAAAUUGGAUGACCUUUUAGAGUUUGCUCAUGAUUAUAAACAUGGGUUGAAAAUAAUAUCUCAUGAAUUCAAAUUUAUAACAGAAAACUUAUCUUUUAAUGAGAGUUUACCUUUUAAGUUAAGAGAGAUAAGUGCAAGAUUAAUUUUAAGUUGUUUGAGGAAUAACCCCCCAGUUUUGAACUAUAUCAAUGAAACAUAUCCAUCUUACGUAGGCGAUAUCUUUUCGGAACUUUCCAAGCAGAAUGUUUUAGAGGUCCAAAUAUUAAUGAAAAGAUAUUUAAAUAUCUUAUUAGAACUGAUUAGUGAGAAUUAUCAAUUUAGUAACUUCGAAUUUGGAACGUUAUCCAACAUAUAUAAAUCAACGAAUGAUAAACAAAUCAAAUUGAAGUUAUUGGAAUUAAUUUCCCAUUCUCUACAAGAGGAACAUUCCGUUUCAAACUUACAAAAGAGAAAUGAAUUAAUUGAUGUGAAAAGUCUUGCACAGGAGUUCAGUACACAUAUCCGAGACAAAAGUAUUGAUGAAUUGCAUGUCAGAAAGUUUUUCAAUUCAUUAUUCAAUUUAAAGAAGGCUUACCCAAAUGAUAUUAAGGUUGAUGAACAAUUUUUAAAUUGGUUGGCUCAACAGUCAGAAGAAAGAAAAUUAAACCUAGGCAAUCAGCUAACAGAAAGAGAUCUUGAACAGGACUCUUUCGACCAAAAAUUGAUAGAAAGCAGACAUUUACUUUUUGGUAAUCCAAUGGCUAAUCGUAUAAAACAUUUUGAAGAUGAAUUAUAG